AUCAUCGCUCAAAAUGUCAGAUAUUACGAGGCCAUAGAUUACGAUGCAACUGAUGUGCAUAAACAGCACCUAGAGGUGCUAAAUUCCUCGAAAAAUUCUGCCGUCGCAAUCAACUUCUGGGCGUUUCAGAGGUAUCAUAUCGUAAUUAUUACAAAGUAAUAGUUUACAUUUAUUUGUAAACAAAUGGAGAUGCUGCACUUUGCAGUCUAAAAGAAACACCAAUUCUUAAUAUAAUUGAAUUCUUGUUCACGAGUCUUUCAAAGUUUACGAUAUUUCUAUUAACUUAAGUACUCUCUGGUCAUGAAAGUUUGUUUUUGCAACUAAAUUUCCAUCCAAAGAAACUUCCAGCUAUCGCUUAAUCAGCACCAGAGAUUGUUCACAAAAACUGCGAAGUUUCGAGUCCUGACGCAGAGCUCAGAGCGCACAAGUGAUUACGAUCCAAGGACGGCUUACACUGGAACCGUGAAAGGUAACAAUUCAGUGUGCAUACUCUUUCGUAACGGAAAAAAUUUUUAGGAAUAUAUUUUCCUCUUUUGUGACGUGACUUGCAAAAAGUGUCAUAUUUUGUUAUGAAAAAUAUUGAUAUAGGCUAUUUUCAGAGCAUGAAAUAAAGCGUUAAAUUGCUGGGUUGUCGGUUGGCAAUAUUACAGUUUCUGCUACGGCAAACUCGGUUAUAUUGUCAAAUAACUUGCAAGAAUUCACAGAUGCUAUUAGAUAGUUAUAGGUUGUUUUUCUGACUUCUUUUUUCUCCUCUAUUUAGGAGAUGCGAAUUCCUUUGUCAUGGGUCACUUGAUAAACGGACGAUUUGAUGGAAGUUUCUUUGCAUUUGGUGAAACUUUUCAUUUGGAGCCUAUCGAACGGUAUACUCACUUCAAGACAUCCUUUCAUUCAAUCAUUUUCCCCACCACAAGUGUCAAGAUUAAUUUCUCCAAAAUCGAAAGAAAAAUGGCCCGCUUUAAAGAUCUUAAAAAAUUGAAGAGCCAGGUGAGAUAGAUAUAUAAAUAUGAAACAAUCGCAUCGACACUAUUUCGAUAGAAUAAAUUAUCCCCAGUAUUGAGCAAUCACCAGUUUUUCUCAAAUUCGUUUAUGUUACAGGUUACCAGUAAACGAGUUCGCCACAGCGACCCCAGCAGCUCCAAUCUCAACACAUGUACUGUUUACCUUGCCGCAGACCAUACAUUCUUUAAGGAAGUGGGCUCGGGUUCUGAAAGAGUCACAGUAGCAGAGAUGGUGUAUCACGUGGCAAUGGCUGAUAAGAUAUUCAGGGGAACAGACUUCAACCAAGAUGGCGGGCCUGGAGAUGGAAUUGGAUUUGUCGUAGCCGCUGUCACUGUGUUUAAAGAUGCGCAAGCGGAAGGUGAUAAUAGUACUUUGAGUCUAAAAUCUACCUUGAUGACAUUUUAUCAAAGAGAAUACCUUUACUCCGUUUGAUUUGAAAAAUCUGGCGAAUUUUGCGAUGUUCCAAACUGCCUCACUCUAAUGCCCAUUCAUCGAAACAGUUUCAAUCACGUGACAAAUGUUAAAGGUGAGCUCUCAUUUCCUGCAUUUCCAGUUUCAAACUCUCAUAUUUUUAUACAGAUUUAGGGGAAAGAAUUCGCGCUGAAACCCUAACAGCACUGAGCUCGCCUUUGGAAAAGUGAGGCGAGUGACAAAAUUGGAAGUUGAAAAACCAGGGGCAGACAUCAUUUGCUUUCCCUCCUUAGUUGUUCAUUCAGGUGGCUCGUUUCCUGAAAGGCUGACGUUCUCUUUUUUAAUUAUCAUCGGUCCUCUUCUCACACUUUCUGUCAAUUUUAAAAUAUCCGUGACUUUUGCAGGUUCUUUGGAAAGCCCAGAGGAUAUCAGUAUGAUGUCAUACCUUAUCAAAUGGAGCGAGAUUGAUCAUGACGACUACUGCUUAGCUUUGCUCUUCACAAACAGAGACUUCCCCGGCGGGGCUUUGGGGCUAGCGUGGAUUGCGGACUCUGAUCACAUGAGCUCUGGAGGUAUAUGCUCCACGAGGAUGUUCUUUGAUGAAAAAGAAGAGGCAAUGUACCUAAAUACAGCAGUAGUAACGCUAUUAAACUAUGGAGCUCGAGUACCGAGGAAGGUCUCAGUUAUUACAGUAGCGCACGAAUUGGGUCACGGCUUUGGAUCUGAGGUAAAUAUGAAUUUAAAUUUUUAGGAUUUUCCGGGACGCUUUUUUGAUUGCAUAUGAACUUGGGUAGGCCAUGUAGACAAGGGGCACUCAAGCACGAACGAAGUGUAAUCACCCCGACCAGGACUCGCACCAGGACCUCUCGGUCAGGAGUUUGUCCAACAGGUGAGAGGUCUGUCACUCUAAGGUAAGCGGCUGCAUUUUUAUCUGAAAUAAAAUAUUUACUCCCAUGUUGGUCUUGAAUUUUAUUUUCCAUAGCAUGAUCCAGCUACGGCCCAAUGCUCCCCAGGAGGAAAAGUGGGUAACUUCAUCAUGUAUCCAAAAGCAACCGACGGAAAUGAACCCAACAAUUAUCUGUUCUCUUCCUGUAGCAAGCACGAUAUGUCUUCUAUUAUCUCUUUUAGAGGACCACAAUGUUUUAUCGGUGAGCUUUCUAAGUCAAGAAAUACUCGUCGCGAAAUCAAAUUGAAAAUCAGUUUAGCCUUUGAAAUACUGGGAUUAAACUUACAGGCCUUCGUCCUUGAGGGCAUUUUUUUCUGUUUCGUCUGUCACGCAUGCAAAUUUCAAGCUCGAAAAAUGUUACGUCAUCUUUUUGCCAGAAUAUUCUAUCGACAGUAUGCCACUGAAGGGGGGGGUUAAGGGAGAGGAAGAAGGAAAAAGAGAAGGGAACGGAGAGCAGUCUUUAAGGGUACUGACACAAAAGUGAUAGUUAUAAGUGAUAACAACCCACUCUUUCGUGACUUGAUAAGAGAGCGCCAUAAAACCACUGAAGGGUUAAUCCCGGUUAAAUUAUUUUCAUGCAACUGGCAGGCCUAAAUAAAUCUUCAUGUUUUUUUUUCAAGCUCAUAAUAACGGGUCGUAUUGUGGCAAUAAAAUCGUAGAAGAGAAUGAAGAUUGUGACUGUGGAAGUCCAGAAGAAUGUCCCAUAGUCGACAAGUGUUGUGUGGCACGAAAUGACGCCUUGAAAGUACCUGGAUGUACAAUCCAGCCGGGGAAACAGUGUAGGUAUGUGUCAUGUGGUAACCUGUUCGUAUAACGUUAUCAUGACGAAUAGACUUCGUUUGCUAUCUCUUCUCUGAACCAUGGAUGAAAAAAUUUAAGCCACCCAGGUACACAGCGAAAUUUUUAAACAAUUCAUUUACGGACAAUAACUAUUUUUUAAGAGCCGUACACGUAAGUCUUAAAUACAAAUGUGAUAGUUUCAAAGAAGGAGAAGAUUAUCCCAGUAACGAAAAUUGUUCUACGAAAAGACGGAACUGGGAAGAGCAGAACUGCCAUCUCAGCAAGUUAUUACUAGGAAACUCAGAAAACCGUGAACGCCUCCGGAUUUGAUUCUGACACAUCAGUCACCAAAAGUUCAGGAAACGCCGGCAAACUUCAAAAUCACAGACUAAUCAACAUUAUUGUUUGCAGUUUGGUUUUCUUACGCCUGGUUGUCUUUUGAAUUUAGAAACACAACAACAUUUCAUGAGUUUUUCUAGAGUUUACGAAUUUUUGAGUUUUACGUUAAUUGUUGUUUAUGUUUCAGUAACAUGGCAGGAAAAUGUUGCACAGAGGAUUGUACUUUUAUCUCAGCAUCUCAAGGACUCGUUUGUCAAGCCGAAACAGAAUGCAGUAAAAUUUCUAUUUGCGAAUAUCCUUUGAUUAAAUUAGGUUGGAUUAAUAAUUAAUGAACGACUCACUCUCAUCAAAAUUGAUCAAUGCCAUUAGUUAUGUUAAAAGUCAUACUUUAGACAAGGGUUUUUUAAAAAAGAUCCUAUUGACCGUGAUCACAAUCCAUUCACCAGUAAUUUUCAAUCACCAAUUUUUGCUCCAAAUGUUAAUGAGCAAUGGGCAAGGACAGAAAUUUCUAAUGACAGGACAAGUACACUCUAAAACUGAAUCAUUUUUCCUCCCCGCCAUUAAGAACAUAAGAAAUGGUGAUAUCGUGCGCGUUAUGAGAUUCAAGCAGUAACCUAACUUCUCUCAAAAACUGUCUAAAACGUGCGCUAAGAAUUCGGACAUGAACGCCACCGUUUUAAAUCUCACUUAGCAACCUGGCCGCUUAGCUUUGACGUAGCAAAGUUUCCCCCUUCUACGGAUGACUUUAAAUAGAAAAGAUCAAAAUCAAAUUGUUUCUUGAGUAUGCUUCUCCUUAACCUUAUAACCUCACGGAGUGACUAGCACCCAAUUUCGCCUCACAGUAUCUCACAGCUGAAUAAAACAACAUAAAAGAACAAUAUAAAAGAAACUCUUGAUUGUUAAGUUAGUCUCAUAGGAGAUAUAGGGAUAACAGUAUGAAUAAUAUAUAUAUUGAUGUCAGGAUGUAAAGAGUUAUGUUCUUCAACUUUUCCUACUGGUCAGAAUGGGCGUUGUCCCCAGGCUGAGUUAAAACCGUACAAUGUAACAUGCAAUGCAGGGUCGAACACGUGUCAGGAGGGUGCUUGUAUUGGUUCAAUAUGUGCACUGUAUGGGACCAACGAGUGUGAAUGUCAUCAGAACAGAGAAGAAAUGUGCCAUGUCUGCUGUAACAGCAGUUAUGUAAGGAACAAUGCUGUUAUUAAUACUGAUCCUGCUCUCAGACUCCUACUAUAAAUGUUACGAGCAACCUUAAUAUUGCAUUUUUCUGUGUGACUCUUAGGGAGUUUGCAUAUCCGCUCAGCAUUUCCUGGGUCGAGUCAUCGUUAAACGUCCCGGCAGCACUUGCAAGCGUCACCAAGGUUACUGCGACACGUAUAGUUUGUGCGUCACUGUGGACAGUGAGGAUCAAAUCAACACACUCAGGGAUGCUUUUAAGAGAUUUUUCUCCAAGGAAACUACGAGUGACCUAUGGAGCUGGAUAAAAAGAGAAUGGUACACGCUUUGUUCAGCUGUUGUUAGUUUAUGUGGUUUGGCCUCAGACAUUUACCGCUCAUAUAAAAUUCUAACCAGCGUGAAGGUUCUCAGCGCUACGAGCCGAUAGUGGUAAUACCCUCGCAAACCCCUCAUAAGUAAGCACGCUCACAUCGCCUACCCGCACUUGUUCCAGAGCCAAUGAUGGCCUGCUCGAAGGCUUCUGAAAUUUCAGUCACAUGAACUCGGUAUUCGUGUGAGGCACAGAGGAAGGGAUAAGGGGGGGAAAGGGGGGCGGGAGGAGGGCAACCAAGUGAAAAGAAGGGUAGGUUGGUGCCAGUGCUAUCGUCAAGAGAAAUUAAGGAGACAGAGAAGGAGGUUCAGCCAGGUUAAUUAUAGGAAGUUUCUCGAACGAAAGUAUAUUCACUCCCGAGACGUCUGUAUAGGGCUCAAUAUAGGAGCUGUUGUAUUUUUUUUCUUCAAGUCAAUCAAACCAUUUUAUAUCACUGUUUUUUUAAUUAACAAGUUCUAACGUAAUGAACGUUUCCAAAUCUCUACUGUAGUUUCGGAUUUCAUUAAAGGAGAUAUCUAGAAAGCGGACAAAAAAUCACCCUAUUUUUGAAUACAAAAACUUUGAUAGAUGCUUACCUCGCCGAAAAAAAAUAGGGCAAUAUGGCAGAUCAUGCAUCACUUAACUUAACGAUGAAUCACGUAAGGAUAAAAAAUUAUUCAUUCUUCAUUGUCUUGCUAACGGAUUGCUUGAUCGUUUGUAGGUAUUAUGUGGUGGUUAUAAUCGUUGGCAUAUGCCUGAUCGUGAUUCUCCUAAAGUUCACUUCCCACGGAGGAACUCCUCUGCUAAGUGCAGAAAGAAGAGCAGUCUUACGAAACAUAGCUCGCAAUCAUCUUGCCAAUCAACAUACAAGAACUCGCCAAUUGUCUGAUGAUGAAUUUCAAGAUACAACUGAGGGAGGAGACCUUGGUGACGGAAGUAGCAGCAGCUUGCAGCAACAUUUGCAGUCUUUAUUCCCUGAGGCAACAAGCCGUGACUUGCAGGAAGCCAUCCGGGUCUGUUCUUCUGAGCAGGAUGUAAUAAACCAUCUUCUCAGUCAAGGCAACACACUGAAAACAUAG